AUGCUGUUCCCAGCAGCCCGGGAUUCCUUCCUUCAGAGGAUUAUCAGUGCUGCCAUGGAGACACCCCAUCUUCUCUACGCACUCUUGGCAAGUUCCUGCAGUCACCACAGUCGGCUCGUCCAAGACUCGAGCCCGAGACGAAAGAUGACCUGCUUGAAAUAUACGAAUUGGGCCAUAGCCGGCCUCAGAACAGCCCUCUAUGACCCUAAUCAGAUGAUCCAACCGACGACUAUCAUAACCGCCAUGGUGCUAUGCACCAACGAUGUCUGUAAUGGAAACAUGACCAUAUGGCGGACCCAUCUCCGUGGAGUCUUGCGAAUCCUGACUGCCCUUCUGGAACAACAAAGGGCAUCAUUCAAUAUGAACGAUCCGUUCAUUCAAUGCUUAGUCAAAUGGUUUAAGACCAUGGAUAUCCUGGCAGCCUUAUCAGGAGUCCAUGGAGAAUGCAUCCACGACCCUGGGAAUGGUCCGUUGGAUAGCCUCUCAGACCACACAACCUGGUCUGUGGAUGACAUAAGUGGCUAUUCGUUGGAUCUUGUUCCUAUCCUGGCACAAAUCGCACAACUAGUGUGCCAUAAAGACCUUCGUGCACCGGCCGAAAUUGGUAUGGACGAUACACCAAGCCCGGAGACAAUGAUGCAGGCGGAGAUCCUCGAAACCAAACUACACUCUCUGGUUGACCGACCUGUCUGCGAGGACGUACUGUCUUCUGGUGGUAGUCUUGCCUGGGAGCUGCAGAGUACCCACCUUGCGUUUGUGCACUCUGCGCUACUUCAUCUCCACCGCCGCGUGCAGAGCUUUCCUAUGCGCCACGUCAAAGUCAGAGCCGACAUUGAAAAUAUCCUCGAUGCCGUGAGCCAAAUCGAACCUCAUUCCCUUACGAAUAUCCUCAUUCUCUGGCCAAUAUUCAGUGCUGGCUGUGAGACUGAAAGGCACGAUGAGCGAGAGAUGAUCCAAACGCGCAUGGGUAAUAUGCAGAAGCUGGGCAUGGGGAAUUUCACGAGAGCCAGAGCAGUGUUACGUCAAUUCUGGGCAUCUGGCAGUCCAUUACCUUGGGACCUCUAUCUCGCACGCCUUGGCCUUGAGCUAGUUCUCUUCUAG